GGGGAGGCUGGGCUUGGCCAGGCGGAGAAGCCUGCCAUUGGCUGCCGCGGGAGGGUCAGGGAGGAAAGGCGCCUCGGAUCAUGGUCUGGGCCGGCGGAGGGAGGCUCUGGGCCGCCGCUGGGCUCGCUGUGGGGCUGAGAUCCGUUGCUGCCUUCUCUUGCCUGUCUCCUGAGUCUGUCUACACCUGCUCUGUAGCGGCUUAACUGCCACACAGGUUUCCCCUUUUUGCGGGCGCACUUUCUCCAUACGGAGUUUGAGAGAAGGUCUUCCAAGCUGGUCGCUCAGGCCAACAUGAAAGUGGAGCUCCUUCCCGCCUUGACGGACAACUACAUGUACCUCCUCAUCGACGAGGAGACCAAGGAGGCUGCCAUCGUCGACCCGGUGCAACCCCAGAAGGUUCUGGACGCCGUCCGAAAGCAUGGGGUGAAACUGACCACCGUCCUCACGACGCAUCACCACUGGGACCACGCUGGUGGCAAUGAGAAACUGGUAAAGAUGGAGCCUGGGUUGCGAGUGUACGGGGGAGAUAGCAGGGUUGGAGCCCUCACCCAGAAAGUCUCUCAUCUUAUGUCAUUUCAGGUGGGCUCCUUGAACGUGAAAUGCCUCGCCACCCCUUGCCACACUUCGGGGCACAUCUGCUAUUUUGUGACCAAGCCCAAUAGCUCUGAUCCUCCGGCCGUCUUCACGGGGGACACGCUCUUUGUGGCCGGCUGUGGGAAGUUCUUUGAAGGCACUCCGGAGGAAAUGUACAAAGCUCUGAUUGAGAUCUUGGGCCGCCUUCCUCCUGAAACGAAAGUCUACUGCGGCCACGAAUACACCAUCAACAACUUGAAGUUCGCUCGGCACGUGGAGCCCAACAACAGCGCCAUCCAACACAAACUCUCCUGGGCGAAGGCGAAAUACGACAGUGGCGAACCAACCAUCCCAUCGACUAUUGGAGAAGAGUUUGCCUACAAUCCCUUUAUGAGAGUCAGGGAGGCCUCGGUCCAGCAACACGCCAAGGAAGCCGACCCCGUCCGGACGAUGGGAGCCAUCCGCAGGGAGAAAGACGGCUUCAAAGUGCCCAAGGAUUGAAGCCGGACCUGGUUUAUCCCCCCUUCUGUUCCCUCCUUCCUCUGCUGUUUCUGGUUCAGUAAUUCCCACCAUUUCGUCUCCAUGCCAGCUAUUGAAAAUGAUAUAAUUUUCCUUGGAAUUUGUCCGGUGUGUGGUCAUAUAUUGUUAUAUUUUGGGGGCACAGCUGCACCGUUUUGGCAUGAAUCUUUGUCUUCCAAGUUUGUCCCGCAACACAAGGAUAACCACUUUGUUUCUGGUUUUAACUGUCUAAGGCUGGAUCUACGAUGUCAUAUAAUGCAGUUUGGAUUAUAUGGGUGAGUAUAGACCAGGUUUGGGCAAACUGCGGUUCUCUGGGUGUUUUGAACUCCAACUCCCAUAACUCCUGGCCUCAGGCCCCUUCCUUUUCCCCCUCAGCCGCUUAAGUGACAUGCAUCCAACCUCCACUGAGGUGUAAAGCAGACUGACUACAAAAUGGAGUUCUGAGUCUGAACAUGCUCAGUACAAUCACAUGUCUAUAACCUCUCCCAUUAAUAUGCCUGAUAUUAAUAAUGUAGUGUACCUUGCAUUGAACUACAUUAUAUGGGUCUUUCCUGCAUUAUAUGGCUUCCAAACUGCAUUAUAUGGCAUCGUCGAUCCAGCUUUGGCUGCUUUUGACAGAAACCUAGGAUUUGUCGUUUCGGGGAACUACAAAUCCCAGAAUCCCAUGACAAUUAAUUUGGAUCGAAGCACUAUAAUUGUACAAAACUGGGGAAAAACUCAUAGGAAAAAGAUCUAUUAGCUUUGAAAUAAUUUUUUUGAUUUGCAGCUUUGGGACGCUCAGUUGUGCCGAAUCGUCUCCUUUUUCUUUAUAGUUUCCCCUAUUCAAGGGCUUUGGAAAAUAUCCCUUUAGAGAAAGCCAUUGGGCAUGAAUUGUGUGAGAAAGCAGGCGUCUAAGAUUGUUGCUGGGUCCAUUGGCCUCCUUACUUCGACCAGUUUCACCUUAAAAACCUUCUUUGAAAUAGCCCAAAUUUCACUUGCAUUGGAUGCUGUCAGAACUAGAAAUCCCAGCCUUUCCUGCUCUGAAUAGAGUAAAGCCACCAUUGUCGACAAUGUGUUUGGGCAUGGAGAGAGGGAAGUUUAUUUCAAACUUUUCCAACUUAAAGGACCCAGUUCUGAAAGGAAAAUUUAGUUUUUGAAGAACGACUGGCAUUUGGAACAAAGAGUGUUUGGGUUGCUGUGAGUUCUCCAGGCUGUAUAGGCAUGUUCCAGAAGCAUUUUCUCCUGACGUUUUGCCCACAUCUAUAGCAGGCAUCCUCAGAGAUUGUGAAGUUUGUUGGAAACUAGGCAAGUGGGGUUUAUAUACCCGUGGAAUAAUGUCCAGGGUGGGAGAAAGAACUCUUGUCUGUGUGAGGCAAGUGUGAAUGUUACCAUUGGCCACUUUGAAUAGCAUUUAAUAGCUUUGCAGCUUCAAAGCUAGGCUGCUCCCUGCCUAAUACCUCCCAAAAAAGGAUUCAUCCAAGCAGGAAGCAGCCAGGCUUUGAAGCUGUAAGACCAUUUAAUGCUAAUCAAGGUGGCCAUUGGCAACAUUCACACUUGCCUCCAACAGACAAGAGUUCUUUUCCCCACCCUGGACCUUCCACAGAUAAAUAAACCCCACUUGCCUAGUUUCCAACAGACUUCACAACCUCCGAGGAUGCCUGCCAUGGAUGUGGGUGAAACGCCAGGAGAGAAUGCUUCUAGAACAUGGCCAUACAGCGCAGAAAACUCACAGCAAGCCAGUGAUUCCAGCCAUGAAAGCCUUCGACAACACAAAGUGUGUUUGUCUUCGUGGGGAAACGAAAUUUCUUAAUGUAAUGGAGCAGGGAUAAUGAGGGCAGGCUCAGGAUUACUACAUUUCAUCCCUUAAGUUUGGGAGAACUUAUUUUUUUGGGGAGUCCCUAAAAAGUCACUUAGAUAUGGGGGAAAAACCCCAGCCACUUGCCCAGCUUGUGCGCCUUCCCCUCUUGAUCCCGCUAAUGUGUGUCUGUACAUAUAAAUAUAGAUAAUAUAUAUAAAUAUAUAUUCCUAUAAAAGGGGCGAGCUUCCAGGAUUUUCAAUGCACCAUGUCUUCCUUGGAGAUUGGAGAAUGGGAAAUGUUGAUAUAGAGAAUCCUUACUAAGGAUUGACUUGGAAAAGCACCAUGGCUUCAGCCUAAGUGGUCAGGAACAGCAUGGCAAUCACUUCUCUUUGAAUGAGUUUUGCCUUCUCUAAUCCGGACACGUCUACACUGUGGAAUUGAUCCAGUUUGAUCCCGCUUCAACUGCCAGGGCUCAAUGCUGUGGAAUCCUGGGAUUUGUUGUUUUUGGGGAGGCACUGGUUCUCUUUGGGGCAAUGAACGUCCUUGCAAAACAGGAACUCCCAAGAUUCCGUGGCGUUGAGCCAUGUCGCUUAAAGCGGUAUCAAACUGCAUCGAUUCUACAGUUUAGAUGCACCCGUUGGCUGUCUUCCCAUCCACCUCGCCAUCUGGAAUCCCCUAAUUUGGGGCCCGUCCUUCAAACAGGUGCCUGUGCCCUGUUAAUAAAGAUCAAUUGCACUACUA